CUACUUCCUCUUUCCGCUCCCGCUGAGCCAGUACGUUUGGUGCCUAAGGUGCUCGGUCCUUCAUCUGAAGCUAAGGCCUCUGAAUCCGGCGACUAGCACUCCUUUAUUUAGGCAUCCAACGCCAAAAACCCUACCACCUUCGAGAAUAAUGGCUUCCGUGUCCGAACUCGCCUGUAUUUACUCGGCUCUCAUCCUCCACGAUGAUGAAGUCACCGUCACAGAGGACAAGCUCAACGCCCUCAUCAAGGCGGCCGGAGUGACAGUGGAGCCCUUCUGGCCUGGUCUGUUUGCCAAGGCCCUGGCCAACGUGGACAUCGGCAGCCUGAUCUGCAGCGUCGGUGCUGGCGGAGGGGCCCCCGCUGCUGCCGCCGCCGCCACCGGAGCGCCCGCCGCCGCCGCCCCAGCUGAAAAGGAGGAGAAGAAAGAAGAGAAGAAGGAAGAGUCUGAGGAGUCUGACGAUGACAUGGGCUUUGGUCUCUUUGACUAAGUUGUUUUUGUAGAAACUGGGAAAAAUAAAAAACUGAAAAUGA